ACACUUUCCUGUGGCGAUGGUAACAUCAGCGGUGGUUUUGUCACCACUGCCGAACAUAGCACUUGUGGCCCUGCUCUUAUCUGGCGUGGAAAAAAGCCUGAUGAAGGAAGCGUGUCAAGUUGCCAGUGCUCUCCAGUCUACUCUAGGAUAUUAUGGCUUAUCGUUCCCUCUAGGCAGGAUGGAGGCUACAGAGUGGCGGCGUCUACUUCACCUCCUGGCGGCGGCACCGGUCAGAGUGGUGUGGGGAGGUGUUAUGAUACCACAGGAAAGUAUCACGGAGGAGGAGCGCAUGGAACUGAGCAAUCUCGCUGAAACUUUGUGGGGAUGUAAGGUGUAUAGGGGAAGUGACGAGGUGUGUUUCGACCCAUAUUAUCCUUAAGCCCUUCCUGAAGAUAAUGAGUCUGAUGAAGAGGAGGAUGAGGAAGAAGAAAUACGAGGAGGAUAUGAAGGAGGAGGAGGAGGAAGAAGAGGAGGACUGGGGGAAGGAAGAGGAGGAGCAGGAGAAGGAUGAGGAGUAGAAGAAUGCCUAAAAAUAAGAAUGCUAUAGAAUCAUCAGUAAUAUUGAGAAUUGCGUGAGUGAUACAGAAUUAUGAAGUUUUUAAUACUGUGAUGAUAAGUAAUAGCAAUAAGGUAUUAUUGUUAUUAUUACUACUCCUACUAUUGUUACCAAUAUCUUUAUUAUUAUUAUUAUUAUUAAUGUUUCUCAUUCAUUUGUAUACUCGAUUUUUUUCCUUUGGUUUAUGAUUUGUAGGUUACAAUGAAACCUGAUUUAUUUUUUUUUAUAAUGGUUUCUUUAGUUAUGAGAAAAAAAUAAAUCCUUGCUAAAACUUCGUCGUGAAUCAAAACUUUGAUUUUGAAACUUUUAAGUUGAGAGAGAA